CCUCCGCGCCCGCCGUAGCCACCCUGCGCUCUGGCGCCGGCGGACCGGAAGUGGCCGUAUUCGCUAUGGCGGCCGCCUGCGGGAGAGCGGUGCUGCGGGGCGCCCGGUCCGGCCGGUGGUUUUCUUCCUCGGCGUGUCGAAUGAGUAGCGACGGAGAACCCACAAAAUUCCAGCCGCCCCCGAAGCCCGUCAUUAUUGACAAGCAGAGGCAGAGAGAGGAGAGGAGGUUUUUGAGCCCUGAAUUUAUACCUCCCAGAGGAAGAACAGAUCCUCUGAAAUUCUAUAUGGAAAGAAAGGAUAUGAUACAGAGACGAAAAGUCUUCAACAUCCCCGAGUUCUAUGUUGGCAGUAUACUUGCUGUUACUACUGCAGAUCCGUAUGCUGAUGGCAAAACCAACCGGUUUGUAGGGAUCUGCAUUCAAAGAGGAGGAAGAGGGCUUGGUGCUACCUUUGUGCUUCGGAAUGUGAUAGAAGACCAAGGUGUUGAAAUUUGUUAUGAACUGUACAGUCCUCGGAUCCAGGAAAUCACGGUUCUGAAGCUGGAAAAAAGGCUAGAUGACAACCUGAUGUACCUGAGAGAUGCCCUUCCUGAAUAUAGUACUUUUGAUAUGAAUAUGAAACCUGUGUCUCAUUUAGACCAUGAAGAAAUUCCUGUAAACAAGUUGCAGGUAAGAAUGAAACCUAAACCAUGGUCAAAACGGUGGGAAAGGCCAAAAUACAACAUAAAAGGAAUAAAGUUUGAGCUACCUGAGGAAAAAAUGAAAGAAGCACAGAAGUGGCAGAAGCCCUGGCUGGAGUUUGAUAUGCUGCGAGAGUAUGAUACUUCAAAAAUAGAGGAAAAAAUAUGGAGGGAAGUGAGUGAAGAGCUGAAAAAGUAACAACUUUGAGUUCAGUGUAUGAAUUGUCAGUUUUCAAGUUUUGUAUGCAGAUAAAAUACACAGUAAAAUUUCGGCAGUUCUUGUCUGAAUGUUAAA